UACCGAAGCAAGCUUCGACGGGGAGAGACAGCCUACAUUCGAGGAAAACAGAUCACAUUCAAAAAAGAAGGGGCAGCAACAAAAGCAGUGUUUCAGGAUUUAAUCACAACUCCAUAAUUCUGGAAAGAGUAUGCGACCAAUUUCAGAUGCCAACCGACGGAUCGCCAGAAUCUCCGCGCAUCUUUUCCCUCCAUGUUUCCAGAUGGGGGAGGAUGCUUCGUCGAAUUUGAGUCCGGUGAAUUGCCGGGCGACAGGCGGAGCACAUGGGUUCAAAGUGGCCAUUCUGGGAGCUGCAGGAGGCAUUGGCCAACCUCUGUCCCUGUUGAUGAAGAUGAACCCAUUGGUUUCUGUUCUCCAUCUCUAUGAUGUCGUCAAUACCCCCGGCGUUACUGCUGAUAUUAGUCACAUGGACACUGGUGCUGUGGUGCGGGGGUUUUUGGGGCAGACGCAGCUGGAGGAUGCCCUUAUAGGCAUGGACUUGGUAAUCAUUCCGGCUGGUGUUCCUCGCAAACCUGGGAUGACAAGAGAUGAUCUUUUCAAUAUAAAUGCUGGAAUUGUUAAAACUCUCUGUGAAGCUAUUGCUAAGUUUUGUCCAAAAGCGAUCGUCAACUUGAUAAGUAAUCCUGUUAACUCGACAGUUCCAAUUGCAGCCGAAGUUUUCAAAAGAGCGGGCAUUUAUGAUCCCAAGAGACUUAUGGGCGUUACAAUGCUUGAUGUUGUUAGAGCCAACACAUUUGUGGCUGAAGUCUUGGGCCUUGAUCCGAGGGAUGUGGAUGUCCCAGUUGUUGGGGGACAUGCAGGGGUCACAAUUUUACCUCUUCUUUCUCAGGUGAAGCCUGGUAGCUCUUUCACCCAAAAAGAAAUUGACUACUUGACUGAUCGCAUACAAAACGGUGGAACAGAAGUUGUUGAGGCAAAAGCUGGAGCUGGCUCUGCGACGCUAUCAAUGGCUUAUGCUGCUGCUAAGUUCGCAGAUGCGUGUCUUCGUGGCAUGAAAGGAGAAGCUGGCAUCAUUCAAUGUGCAUUUGUUGACUCACAGAUAACUGAGCUCCCAUUCUUCGCAUCAAAAGUGAGACUGAGCCGUGAAGGAAUCGAGGAAAUCUUACCCCUGGGUCCCUUGAAUGAGUAUGAAAGGAAGGGUCUGGAAAAGGCGAAGAAAGAGUUGGGGGCGAGCAUUGAGAAGGGAAUUUCGUUUAUCAGAAAAUGAUGAGUUGAUGAAUCCGUGUUUUAUUACAUACAGGUUCUCUGUUAGGAUCCAAUCAUCAAUAAAAUGCCUUCUUAUUCUUUUUCUUAUCAUGUAUAUGGGCUUGGGCACGGAAGCCCAUUUCCUUGUAGGGGUCUAAUUUAUGAACAUUAGUGUGCUCCUUUGAUUUCACAACUCAUCUGUGUCACUUGUCUUAUGAUCGCCUCUAAUAGUAAAAUAGCCAAAAAGUAAAAAGAA